AUGAAUCCCCGCGUUGAAGAGGUCAGCGACUCGGACAGCGAGCCGUCCGAGAUGGACAUUGACGACGUUCCCUAUCUGAUGAAUGCGAGCAAUGCGCCCAGCACCGGCAACACAACCAUGAUGCCGCCAGCCAUGGCCUCGCAGAUGCUGCAGCCCCAAUCGCCCUCGAUCAAGACGACGACGGACCGCGAAAAGUCAAAACACUACCAAUGCCUGUACCCCAUAUACUUUGAUAUAUCACGAAGUAGGGCGGAGGGUCGCCGUGUGGGCAAGGAGCUGGCUGUGGAAAACCCUCUUGCCCGGGAAAUGGCAGACGCGGCAGCAGACCUUGGUUUGCGGACAGUCUUUGAGCCCGACAAGACCCACCCCAAGGACUGGAGCAACCCUGGUAGAGUGCGUGUUCUACUAAAGCACGAGGGUAAGAACAUGCACCAGCAGAUUAAAAAUAAGCACCACCUCUACAUCAUCAUCUCGCAAGCCCUCAAGGCGAACCCAACACAGAAGAACACUCCCUUCCGACUGCCAAUUGCAGGUCUACCCAUGCCCAAGGAGAUGCCAGAACCAGCGAUACCCAAGGGCUGGAAGAUGAACAAGAUUCUCCCCUUGCACUCUCCAGCCCUAACAGGAGGCGGUGUCAGCGAGAACUUUUUACAGGACAUGAUGGCCGAGAUGACAGGCGAGGCAGGCGGCAGCGGGGCAAGUAGCGGGGCAGAGUCCAAAAAGAAGAUAAAGGACAAAAAGAAAAAGUGA